AUGUCCAGCUUUGUCGACCCCGCCACUCUCCCCUCCAUUGUUGACACACAUGCCGACGGGAGCAGCAACGAGUACAAGCCUGAUGCCGAGCUCAACGCGCGUAUCGCCAUCUGGAGAGGCGACAUCACUAAGCUCAAGGCCGACAUGAUCGUCAACGCGGCCAACAGGAGCCUCAUGGGUGGCGGCGGCGUGGACGGUGCGAUCCACCGCGCCGCCGGCAAGGAGCUGCUCAAGGAGUGUGCUGGCCUCGGCGGAGCGAAUACGGGCGAGACCAAGUUGACUAAGGGGUACAACCUCCCGUCCAAGUUCAUCGGACACACUGUUGGGCCGAUAUACCACGCAGACCGCAAGGAGGAGAGUGCGCGACUGCUCAAGUCAUGUUACCAGAGCGCACUGGAGCUGUGUGCGGAGAACGGAGGAGGGUCGAUUGGAUUCCCGAGCGUAUCCACUGGUAUCUACGGCUACCCCAUCCGCGACGCAACGCAAAUCGCACUCAAGACGACACGCGAGUUCCUCGAGAAGAACGACUCUAUCAAGCACGUCGUAUACGUCGUGUUCCUGGAGAAGGACGAGAAGGUGUACAACGAGCUGGUAACGGACUACUUCCCGAUCCCCGAGGCAAAAAGCCGCAGCCCAUGA